ACCCAGGGCUGGGGUCUCUGCCCUGUGGAAAACCCUGAGAAACUGUCUUGGGCCGUGGUGUGUAGCUAGCUGAUUUCCCCAUAGCGCCUGACUGGGGCGUGCUCUGGGCUGGGAAAAGGCUCUGCUUGUCUAAAAUGGCCACCUGCCUUAUGAGCCAGGGUUGGCCCCGGUGCUGAGCACCUCAGGGCUCCCCGGAGCAGCCCUCCGGCCAGCCGGCUCUGCUCCCGAAUCUGCUGCUUGCUCUCGUGGGCCCCAGGGACUGGGACAGGCAGAGCUGGAGACAGUUAAUCCGGCCACAGCAUCUGUGGGGCGGCCCGGGGAUGCCAGUGUGCUGAGGUGGAACAGCGUGUGCCACGGGCUGUCCCAGCCGGUGCACCUGGCUCUCUGCACAGCGAGGAUGGGGCAGGAUGUGGCCCACCUCGUCUCCCAGCUGGAUGCUCCGGCAGUUAGCAAAAAGUGCUCCUUGAUGAGCCAUAUGUGGUAUAAACUGCAGAUGUAGGAUCCGUGUCACAUAUAGGAGCCUCGCUCACCUUCCAGAGCAGAUCUGUUCUUCUCCUGUGUGGGGCAGAGCAGAGCUGGUGGGUCACUAAAGCUACCGUUAGGGCCGUGGGGCUGCCUCCCCGGUCCCAGCCUCUGCCUGCAAGCAGCCAGGAGGUUGGGGUGUUGGCUGAAGCCCCCUGUUCUGGCAUGUGUUUCCUCGCUGUCUUACAAGUGGGCUGCCUGCCUCGUACAGGUGAUGGGGGAGUGGGCUCCAGGCAGUUGAUGUUUGCUGCAUUUUCAUACCUGUUGCUCGGGAAGUGGAACAGAGUCCUUGAACGUUCCUCUGUCGCGUGGUGUGUGCGCUGGAGGGGCUGUUCCAAGGGCACCUGUGCUCCCCCAUCCCUCCAGGUUGACACUCUGAACGAGGCCAUCUUCCCACGCAGCAAUGGCACCCACGCUUGCUACCGCCCAUCGCCGGCGCUGGUGGAUGGCGUUCACAGCCAUCAUUGAGAACCUGCUCUUCUCUGCUGUCCUGCUGGGCUGGGGGUCCCUCCUCAUCAUGCUGAAGGCAGAAGGGUUUUAUUCCUACCUGUGCCACGAGUCAGAAAACACCACCAGCAGUCCUGAACACAAGAACAGCACAGCUCCAGAGCACAAAUGGCCUUCCUGCAAUGCCCAGGAUGAAAUGCUGAAUUUGGCCUUUACCAUUGGGUCCUUCCUGCUCAGUGCGAUCACGCUGCCCCUAGGAAUUGUCAUGGACAAGUAUGGCCCUCGCAAGCUGCGGCUGCUUGGCAGUGCCUGCUUUGCUGUGUCCUGUGUGCUGAUCGCGUACGGUGCCAGUAACCCAGACUCUCUGUCUGUGCUGAUAUUCAUUGCGCUGGCUCUGAAUGGCUUUGGUGGGAUGUGCAUGACCUUCACAUCGCUUACGCUGCCCAACAUGUUUGGUGACCUUCGUUCCACGUUCAUUGCUCUGAUGAUUGGCUCCUAUGCUUCCUCUGCUGUGACUUUUCCAGGAAUCAAGGUUAUAUAUGACUUUGGGGUCUCCUUCAUCCUUAUUCUGCUUGUCUGGGCAAGCUGUGCAGGACUAGUUUUCCUCAACUGUUUCUUCAACUGGCCACUGGAGCCUUUCCCAGGACCAGAAGACAUGGACUAUUCGGUGAAAAUAAAGUUCAGCUGGCUGGGGUUUGACCACAAAAUCACUGGGAAACAGUUUUACAAGCAAGUAACAACUGUGGGGCGCCGUCUCAGUGUGGGGAGCUCCAUGAAGGGCCCCAAAGAGCCAGCAGCCUUGCAAGAGAACAACAAGCUCUGUCUGUCUACGGUGGACCUAGAAGUGAAGUGCCAGCCUGACAACACAGCUUCUCCCUCCUUCAUGAAGAGUGUCUUCAGUCCUAUUUUGUUGCUCAGCCUUAUCACCAUGUGUGUCACUCAGCUGCGGCUCAUCUUCUACAUGGGAGCAAUGAAUACCAUGCUUGAGUUUCUGUCUGGAGAUGAAGAUCAAGUGGCUCUCUACACUUCUAUUUUUGGGGUAUUGCAACUGCUGUGCUUGCUGACAGCGCCUGUGAUCGGGUACAUCAUGGAUUGGCGACUGAAAGAAUGCAAUGAUGGCUCAGAAGAGAAUGAGGAGAGCAACACUGAGCAAAGUGACAAGAAAAAGAAAAAGCGUGAUCGUCAGAUCCAGAAAAUCACCAAUGCCACCAAUGCCUUUGUAUUCACAAAUGUCCUGCUGGUUGGAUUUGGAAUCACCUGUCUUAUUCCUAAUCUACCGUUGCAGAUUCUUUCCUUCAUUUUGCACACAAUCGUGAGAGGAUUCAUCCACUCAGCUGUGGGAGGCCUCUAUGCAGCUGUAUACCCCUCCACUCAAUUUGGCAGCUUGACAGGGUUGCAGUCGUUGAUCAGUGCCCUUUUCGCCCUUCUGCAGCAGCCUCUUUUUAUGGCGUUGACGGGACCUUUGAAAGGAGACCCUCUCUGGGCAAGUUCUUCUCAAAUUUAAUGUGAAAGCUUGGUGGUUAAGAUGAUUUUGGCUCAUUUAUUUGAAAACAAAAGGACUCCUGUGCAUGGACCAAGGUUAAAAACAGCUGGAAUUUUACAUGUCCCUCAGUCUGCUGUUACCUUGGUGCUGUCCAGGAGACCCUUCCCUGUGUGAGUAAUGAUUCCUGGCGAGGGAAAGCCAUUAACCCUUAUGCUGGUAUAUGGAAAUGGAGGAAGGGAGAAGGCUGCAGGAGUGCUUUCUGCUAACAGUUUGUGUGGUGAGUCAAAAUCUGUCAGGUAACAGUGAGUGAAUCUGUGUGGACCUCAAAAUGCAGUAGAAAUACUAUGUUCCCUUGAGAGCUAUUAGCUCCAAUUACCAGUAAAUUUGGGGUUGCUGAUGCUAAUGUCCGAAAAGCCAAGUGGCUAUUGAGGGUAGGGCUAAUGUAGUGUCUUGAUGAGAGUCUGUCUGGGCAGCUCAAUAAAAUCAUGACAUGGGUGGUCUUGGGGAGAGUCCUGGUCUCUAGGCUACAUGUGCCCACCCCAGCAGCCUGUUGCUCUUCAGUCAGCAAACUUGGUGUAAAAGAACUGCAGCUUAAACAGCCCUGCCUGUUCUGUGGAACAAGACUCCCGCAGCUAUGAUCCAGAGCGACAAAUUCUCACAGCAUUUAGCUUAUACAUGUGGUGCUCUGGGCACAGGAGUGUAAAUAGAAAUACAGUGAAGGUUGUUGCCAAUACACUGAGCAGGGCGUCUCCUGGUUUGCCUGCAGCUGAGUGACGAGGGCUGGGUUCUGACACUUCAGCAUGCGUGACUGGGUUGUCAUCUUCUUAGCCUGCCUAAUUUUGUUUUGUCUUUCUUUUUGCAGCUGAACGUUGGCUUGCUUGGUGUGAGCCUCCUGGGUUUCUGCCUUCCAAUCUACCUGGUCUGCUACAGACGCAGGCUAGAGAGAGAAAAAAACCAGAAGAUGGAUGAUGCCAAACUUUUCUUCAAAAUCAAUGGCACUCCCAAUGAGGAAGCCUUUGUUUAAACUGGUGCUUCAAAUACAACCUCCCCUGUACAGGUUCCUACCACAUCUGUGGGUUCUACCUGUGGUGUAAGCCAGGCUUUUUCUCUCCUGGCUCUGCCAGUCUUUGCUCCUCACUGGAGUGAAGGCUGGACAUCAUGACUGAGCUUUCCUCAGAUACAUGGCAGGAGGAGACUUCCUACUCCUUACUCCAGAUCACAGGACACUUUUCCUUUAUAAAAAGGCCAUGCAGAUAUUGUGUCUUAAAUUAUCCCCUGAUCACACUCUCCAGUGGCAGAGUCUCUGCAUAGGAAAUUGGGGAGAGAAGGAAUAGAGGGAUGGGGGAAGGGGGAAGAAAGACCAUAAUUUGAGUUUGCAAAUGUAACAUGCUGAAGUCUGUUUUCUCCCCCUCUUCCCCCAACCUUGGCUGACACUGUCUCAGAUGGAAGCUGCACUUUCCUCCCUCCCUGUGGCUUCAUAAUGGUCUUUCUGCUUGAUGUGUAGAUGGACCUAGUGGUUUUACUGUCUAUCCAGACAUACCCCAGACUGUUUCUGAGGCAGGGAAGGGGAUUUUAUUCCUAUGUGUAUGAGCACAGCUUCAGUGUAUUGCUAAAUGUUGGCUGCUAGCACUGACAGCUCCCAAACCUUUUAUUACUGCAAAUGACACAGACCGUGAGCAAUGGAUCUGCCUUCCACACUGAAAUGAAGAGCCUAGCGGACUGCUUGGUCGUUGACCAAGCCUUCAGAGGCCUGGAAUUCCUCUUCUUCCUGGCCUGCAAACCACCUGUACGUGUUUUAAACUGUCUGCAGUCCUGGAACCUUUGAGAUAGGAAUUGGAUCUUGUUUACCGAUGAAGUGCUUUGAGACUUUGCCUUUUGACUCUUCUUCCCUCUGACAUGACCCUGGGAGGGGAGCAGCAGCAUGUGUUUAGUAAAGUGGAGAAGCUUCUUCGAGCUGAGUUCUGGGGCUCCAAACACCUUGGUGUUCAUGUGUCCUGAGCUGACUUGCUGUUGAAAAGAAUCAAGAGUGCAGAACACUCCUUUGUGUCUGGUAACUGGAUCCUGUGGACAUAUGGCAGGGUGGUGUGGUGAUGUAAUUCUUCCCCUAGCCAUAGCUUAUUUACAUUGUUCUGAUAACAGCCCCCAAGCUGCUGAACACCAGGUUACUGUGACUGACCAAAAAGCUGCCGGUUUGGCUGUAUUAAGAGCCUUCUAUGAUGUUGAUGCUCUGUCUGGACAGAGUACGUGGCGAUUGAUUGUAUGGUAAAGCUGACUUACAGAGCAAUACAUGUGGGUAAAGGUGCCCCAGGCCUGUUCACCAUGGAGGGACUACAAAGGGAAUUCUUAACCUGCUUAUUUUUAUAGAGGUUUUCCUAAGUCUUGUCUAAAGUCAACUUUUCUGCCCUUAACCUUCUUGUUGAGGUCGGUAGCUCAGCCUCCGUAGCCUUGUGACUAGCGUUAACCACUGCGCCAUUUGGAGCUGCUCAAAGCAGGACUGUGCAGCACUGAGGAUGAACAUCACCAGCAGGUCUGCAGCAGCAUGUGCGCUGGGUUGAGCUAGUGGGGCAGGAAGUUUGGGGGCAGAAAUAAAGCAGUUAUGAAGAUGUAGUGGUGGUGCUUUCUGAACUGCCAGCUGCUGCAUUACUGCAAAACCUGGCAGGGGGUAAGUAAUUCAUCAUCUUUAUGUCUGGUUGGAAAAGUACAAGACUCAAUCACUGCCCCCUUAGCUCUAAGCUGGGGAUUAGAAACAGUGCACUCGGACCUUCCUGUGAGAAAUUACCUGGAAACUGGGUGUUAACUUGCUUUACUGAUGGCUUGAAGCAUGCACAUGCUCAGCCCAGCCAGGCCUUCACCUUCCCUAAAUAGCAAGCUUGGUGACCUCUUGCACAGAGCCUCGGCAGGACCGCUGGAAGCCCUGCGGAGUCCCUCGCUGGUGGCCUUGCCAGCCCCGGAUGACGAGGCAGCUUUGUGGGACAGCAGCGCCAUCUCGAGUCACUGCCUCCAGCCAGCCUCCUGCGGGCGGUUCAGCUGCCACUCUGCUCCAUGGUACCUUUUAGUCUUCAGUCACUCGUUUGAAAAUGACUUGCCACUUGAGUAUUUUACACAUUUGUGGAAUUUUUUUAAUGUGUUGCCUUUAUUAAAUGUGUUUGUUCCAAGACAGCCUUACUGCCUGCUGUCAACACUUUACUCUUAUAGAACUUCUCGUCUUUUGUUGGCCUCUAGCUUUGGUGAUGAUUUAGUGAUGUUUCCAGCUUUUGUUUCUUUUGUGUUGAGCAAUAAUUGAGGGGGCAGAAUUUUAAUUCCUUUUCCUGUUCACCUGGCAUUGUCUCAAGUACAUACAUGUUCAGAGGCCCACCAGCAGUAGUACAGCUUGCCUAGAUUUCCAGAGGGCUUACUGCAGAUUUCUGCAUUUCAUAUUACUAUACUUUCUCCUAAAUAUUUUGAGAAGAUUCCUACUCUUGCUCCGAGGUAUUUGUGACAUGACAAUGACAGAUUAAGUAUCUUUUUUUUUCAGUAAGAGCUCAGACAGGUGAGUCUGAGCCACAGUCCUCAGACUUACAGUGUCUUAAAAUAGAGACAGCUGUUGGAGGGUGUCAGUGUGCUAACUCAGCAUUACCUCCACCUCAGUUUCAGAAUAUCGAAUGUGAUAGCUUCCACUCUUAUGUCACUCGAAUUCCUGAUAUAAAUGUCUUUACAAAAUGGUGGUAUACUGAGUGGCAUAUUUUCAUGAAGUCACAGCGGAGGUGAUGCUGCCUUUGAAGUAAGUAUGUGCAGCUAAAUUAAACAAAACCCCACCUUUUAUUCCUGCUGUCUACCUCCCUACUGUGGUUCCCAGUCCUGCCCUUUAUUAGGAAUACCCUCUAACCCAGUUUCACCUGAUAAAGUGGUGGAUAUAUGUGCUCUGUGUCUCUGCUGAUGUGCCAUGGUGUUUAGAAGCUGCUGGUCAGCUGUGAGGAAUAGAGCUCAUGCCUUUGAGUCACAGUUUCAGGCUCUGUUUGCAGGUUGAGAGUGAGGUGUGCCUUUGGCUUGCAGUCACCAGGACUAGUGGGUACACGAUGAAGUUCGAGUUGUUCAGGGUUGAACAGACAAACGGGAGUGCUUUCUCAUGCAGUGCAAAGUCAAACUGUGGAAUUCAUUGCCGCAGAACAUAGCGGGGAACAGAAGUAUAAAUGUUUUUUAAAAAGGGGCUGGUUAAACAAUGGUCUGAUGCAUCCACUAACUCAGGGAGAUUUUAAGUUGCUGUAAAUAAGAAAGUUAUGCCAAGGAAAGAUUACUUUUCUACAAGCUCUGUCUCUUCAGAAUUGGUCAAAGAUAUAUUCUGGGCUAGGUAGAACAACUGACCUGAUCUUGUGGGGUUUAAUUUACUGACAGUUGUGAACCAAACUAAUUUUAAAAGCAGUCUCAAAUUUAUCUAUCAAAAACCCCUCUAUCUGCAUGCAAGACGUGCAAAUACUCUACUGGUUGUGGCAUAACUGCUUAAAUGCUGCACCUUCUGCAGGGGUGAGCCCCUCAGAGGACAGAGUAUUCUGGCUUCAGCCUCUUCUAAAUGUUGUCUUGCAUGGUGCAGAAACAAACCCUGUUGGGAUGGUCCUGUUACGCAUGAUUGUUCAUGGGCAGUUUGCCUCGUUCUUUGAUGCUUAUGGAAAUGUAAUUGUGGAUUACUUACAUUUGGAGUGGAAAACAGCAUUGCUGCUUUCCAGCUAAGUGAUGCAGGACCAAGAGAAUUCCUGAUGUACUCUUCUAUGUGCAUGAGCCACCUUGUGGAAAAAAUUAAUGGGCUACCAAAGACUAGAGACCCACAUCAAUUUAAAUCAAUAAUGUGUUUACCUGUAUAGCUCAAAUAUAGGUCAAUGUGUUUAACUACUUCUGUAAUUCCUAAAUGCUAGAAUUUGUAGGGGUUUUUUGUGCCCCUUGUACCCCCUUACCCUCAUCCAUAUGAGAAGUCCAAGGAGGGGGGUCAUGGGAAAGACCUCAUCUCCUCCACAGAAGCAUCCCCAACUGAAUGUAAUGAAGCAGAAAGCUGAUCUGUGAGUACUUCCCAGUUUGUAGGAGCCCUCGGAGUCAAGGGUGUUGCUGUGUGAAGGUGAUUGCACCUUCUGGAAACACUGCUCCUGGCCUCUACAGACUCUCACGUGCAUUUAAUAUGCAUCUGUAUUUAAAAAAAAAAAAAAAUUAACAGUGGGGAAGGGACGGCGGCAUCUUUCCUUUCACUAAUCUGUCAGUACCUAAGCCCCAUUGACGGUCUUUAUAGCACUAAUGCAAUGAUGCUAUCAAGAGUAGCAGAGAAAAUCUGUGCUGUUUUGCUUAAUAGACACUUAUAACUUUAUUCAGUUACUGUCAUAAAGUAUCUGGAUCCUUGAGAUGUCUGCGAAAAAAAAAAAAAGAGCAAAUCUUGCUGAGACUCCCAACUUAACUGCAAUGCUGCUACAAUGAUUGAAAUGUUUAACUCCCACACCAAAGCCUGGCCUCUUCGUGCUCUGUCUACAAAGGAAAAUUGUAGGAUAAUGAGAUUUUAACUAAGUCAGUAAAUCACUAAAAUGUUUUAAAAUAGGAGAUUUUCCUCUUGACAGGCUGAUGAAUUUGGAAAAUAUGCCACAAAAUCUAAAGCAGAUACUGUAGGGUAAAAAGAAUGAAAUCUUUAAAACUACAACUUUUGUUAGGUUUGGUUUUUUUUUUCCUUUGAGUCUUUUCUGCAUCUGCAGAGGUGUUGGUAUUCCCUACUUCCCAGUUUAGAAGUGCAACAUAUUCAUAAUGGAAACUAGUAUUACAGUAGGAUUCCUGAUGGAAAGGGACUGGUCUUGUGUUUUUUUUUUUUUUUUUUAAUUAAAAAAAAAAAAAGCCAAAACCUCACUUCUGAUUUAUAUUUCACAAUGUUAUCUUCUCUGGAAUAGCUGAAACAAUGAUGUAUUAUGUAGAUGCAUUCUUACAUGUUAAUUAUAAACCCUACAGGUCCUUGUUUUUCUAUGUGUGCUGCUCAGCCUGUCUCCGCGCAACCUGUUUUUAUCAAGUGUCCUGUGCUCCAUGUUGUAAUCCUUUGUACUGCUGCUUGUCACUUCCUUGUGCCUGACCCUCUGUCACUUGCUUUUUAUUCCUGGGACAAUCCCCUUUUUCAGAAAGCCCCCUCUUUUUAACCUGAUGGCAUUAGCUUCUCCCACCUCCUCCUGUUAACAGAAUUUUUUUGUAGCAUUUGUCAAAGUUGAAUUGUAAGCUCCUGGCGGCAGGCCUGUGUCAUCUUUUCUGUGUUUGUAAGGUGUGCAUUCUUGCAGUACUAUCUAAAAAUAAAUGUGGUAUUAAGUUAAUCAUUAGUUUUCCUUUUGAGGCUAAACAUAAUGAAGGUAUUGCUUGGUUCCUAGCAAGAGUAUGUAAGCAUGAAUGCUUUGCACAGUGUCAUCUGCCAAAGUGCUUGGCUGCACGUAGAAUGUUUCCUUGACUCUUUCUUCUUUAAGUUAGGAGCUAACAGCCAGAUUUUAAUUAAUCUCUGAGAAAAUUUUGAUUUUUUUUUUUUUUUUUUAAAUAUAGACAGCAGGUUGAGAAAGAGGUCAAGCUCAGUUAUACAGGGUGAACUGGUAUCAAAUAAUGAAAGAUGAACAACUGUGGCCUUAGGCAUGCUACAGAAGAGGUGCAGGGUGUCAAUAGGAAAGUUGCACAUUUUGGUUAUCUGUGCUUGAGCUUGGUGAUGCUGAAUGUAUGGCAUUUUAUUUUUCCAAUCAAAUAAAGACAAUCCUUGCUCUGUGA